AAACCUCAAGUUCAGAACAGGACAGUUGGCAAGAUUUGCAGAUGGUGCAGCAGUGGCUGAGCUAGGAGACACAACUGUCCUUGUGACAGCUGUUUGUCAGAAGCAGUCAGGAUCUCAGAGUUUCCUACCUCUCACAGUGGAUUAUCGUCAGAAAGCUGCAGCUGCUGGAAGGAUCCCAACAAACUUCCUCAGACGUGAACUUGGCCCUACAGAGAAAGAAAUUUUGACCAGUAGAAUAAUAGAUCGGUCAGUUAGACCUCUGUUCCCACCUGGUUUCUGUUACAAUACACAGCUGGUUUGUAAUCUCCUGGCUGUGGAUGGAAUUAAUGAUCCAGAUGUGAUUAGCAUCAAUGCAGCAUCAGCUGCCCUUGCUGUCUCAGAUAUUCCAUGGAAUGGACCUGUUGCUGCUGUGAGAGUGGGCAUCCUAGGAGAAGAUGUUGUCAUCAACCCAACUCGCAGACAACUUCAGAACAGUUCCCUGAAUAUUGUUCUCACUGGUACUACACAAAGGAAAGUUGUAAUGUUAGAGGGUGAAGGUGAUAGAGUGAGUUUGUACAAAGUGGAAAAUGCCCUGUCCAAAGCUGUGAAAGCCACCCAGGGUAUCAUUGAGAAGAUCAAAGCAUUACAGGCUGCAGUUGGGAAACCCAAGAGAGAAUUUGAUCCACCAAAGGAACCACCACAAGAAGUGGUUGAUGCAGUUCAGAGCUUUGCCCUGAAUCAUGUCAGGGAUAUUCUUUACAAUACAGAGCAUGAUAAGAUUUCUAGAGACCAGGCACUGAGGGCACUAGGGGAAACAAUUGUGAAGAAUGUAAAGGAAUCUUUGCCCGAUGCAGAGGAAGGAGUAAUUAGUUCAUGUUAUCAAGCUUUUGUGAAGAAGGUUCUCCGGGACAUGAUUCUGGAUGAGGAAAGAAGAUGUGAUGGUCGAGGUUUGACUGAUCUGAGGAAUAUCUCUUGUGCUGUUGACCUCUUUAAGCCUCUUCAUGGUUCAGCAUUGUUUCAGCGAGGACAAACGCAGGUUCUAUGCACAGUCACCUUUGACAGCCUGGACUCAGCAGUUAAAUCUGACCCCAUCGCUGUAAUGACUGGGGCUAUGAAAGAGAAAAAUUUCAUGUUACAUUAUGAGUUUCCACCGUAUGCAACCAAUGAGACAGGCAAAGGAGGAAUCGGGAGAAGAGAGAUGGGACAUGGAGCACUGGCUGAGAGAGGACUGAAAGCUAUUCUACCUGAGGAAUCUGAGUUCACAACCCGUUUAACGUCUGAAGUCCUAGAAUCUAAUGGCUCCUCUUCCAUGGCCUCUGUGUGUGGUGGUAGCUUGGCACUGAUGGAUGCAGGGGUGCAGGUCAAGGAACCAGCCGCUGGUGUGGCCAUCGGACUUGUGUCCCGCACUGAUCCAGCAACAGGCAACAUCACUGACCAUAAGAUUUUGACAGAUUUAUUGGGCAUAGAGGAUUAUAUGGGCGACAUGGACUUCAAGAUGGCGGCUACCAAAACAGGUCUCACAGCUCUCCAGGCAGACAUUAAACUACCUGGAAUUCCAUUCUUUGUGGUUAUCAAAGCUUUAGAAAGUGGGUUUGCUGGAGUCAAGCAGAUACUGGAGAUCAUGUCUCGGACAAUCUCAGCCCCACGGAAAAGUAUGAAGCCUUGUGGGCCUGUUACAGAAAAACUAGUGUUGGAUCAUGCCAAACAAAGCAGGCUUGUUGGAAUAGGUGGUUACAAUCUUCGUAAGCUGAAGUCUGAAACAGGAGUGACAAUAACCCGUAUUGAUGAGGGCAGCUUUCAGAUAUUUGCUCCCAACAUUGAUGCUAUGGGAGAAGCAAAAGAGAUGAUUGAGAAAAUUCUAGAGGACCAGAGAGAGCCCGAUCUUGAGUUUGGAAGUAUAUACACAGGCAGAAUAGUGGAGAUAAGGGACACUGGGGUCAUGGUCGAGCUUCACCCCAAGCUGCGGCCCAUUCUGUUGCACAAUUCACAGCUUGACCAGAGAAAGGUUUCUCACGCGACUUCACUCGGCAUGGAAGUGGGCCAGGAAAUUACAGUUAAAUAUUUUGGUCGUGAUCCUUCGACAGGAAACCAUCGCAUUUCUCGCAAAGUUUUGCAAAGUGCUACAGUGCCUCUCAUACGGAACCUCACCAGUUAA